AUGGCUUCGCCUUUCUUGAAACCAAAGAUUUGCGCCCGAGGUUGUGAUUCGCGUGGAGCGGGCCAGAUGGCUUUCCAGGGCUGGCGCUUCUCAGGCGCAGGAGCAACCUGCUCAACAGUUGAGAGGGAACUGGCCAAACGUAUGGGCAAAACCCAAGUCGCCGCACAGUUCGUGGCAACACAUCGAAAUGAAUUUGAUGCGAUAUUCUGGGUUCACGCAGACGACGUGUCCAAGCUUUCACAAGACUUCAAGACCAUUGCAAUCAAUUUGGGGCUCAUCUCAGAAGACUCGGUGGAUGCUAACGACCUUGUCUUCAUCAGGGAAAUAGUCAAAAGAUGGCUAGUUACGCCGUUGAAAGACUUGUCAGAUGAUCCCAAAGGUGAGCCUACCAAGGCCACCUGGCUGCUCGUAUUUGAUGGCGUUGAAGACCCAGAUGUUUUGAAUGACUUCUGGCCGUAUGAUGGCCCAGGAUCCGUACCCAUUACCAGUCGCAGUCCUUUCUCGUGGACAACGUCAUUACCGCUCAAACCAUUCACUUCAGACGAGGCCACGGAAUUUUUGCUAAAGAUCACUCGAAGAGAAGCGUCAGAAGAAGCGCGAAAGGAGGUGAUAGAGAUAAUACGACGACUAGGCUGCAUCCCUCUCGCACUAUCCCAGAUGGCCGGAGUCAUACUGCACAAGCAACUUUCCUUUAGUGAAUUUCUCGAUUCCUACAACGAAAGGCGAAGCCAGCAAGAACUUCUACAACUCUCAGCUGGCGAGUUGAUAAGCAGAUCAUCGGACUAUGAGCACACACUCGCCUCUGUGUGGGCCUUCGACAAUUUAUCGCAUGGACAGGGGCUCCUGAAUGUUAUAUCAAUGCUCGAUCCCGACGGCAUUCUUGAGAGUAUCCUCACCACAAAGCCCGGAACUAUAGACUUGCCAUCUUUCCCGCAGUCUUUGGAGGAUUACCUAUUAGCAAGAAACGAGCUCCUUACAUGCUCCCUCGUGAGGGGUAACUCGUCAGAACGAAAACUCUCCAUACAUAGGCUAGUUCAAGACGUUGCAAGGGCGAGGAUGACCCAAGCAGAGUUUCGCGCAAAUUUCAUGACCUGCGUCAAGUUGAUAUCAUCCAUGUGGCCAUUUGAACCCUUCGCAUGGCGCCGUUCAAUUGCUAGGUGGACAAUGUGUGAAGACUUGGUUCCGCACGUGUUUCGGCUGAAAGAUCUCUUCCCUCAAGUGGCUCCGUCGCCCGCCUUCUCGGAUGAUGACUAUCGAUUUGCAAAACUACUCACCGAUGCUGGCUGGUACAAUCAUGAACGAGGUAGAUCAUCAGAUUCAGACUUAUUCAACAGUAUGGCCAAGGACAUUUGUGAAUCGCUGAAGGCUCGAUUAUACGAGCAACCUGAGGCAAUGUCGUCAAAAGCCGCCAUCCACAAACAGCUCGACUCGAUAUUGGCGGAAAUCCAGCAUAACAGAGGUUGCAUUGCAACUGAGACCAAUGCACCAUAUGAUGCCUUGGCUUACCACAAGGAAUUCAAUGCCAUGAUGGUGCGGGACAUGGGCACCGACGUCCCUUCCAACGAUAUGCGGCUCGCCAUAUCCUGGAACGAACUUGGCAAUGCGUACAUGCUCAACAGAUUCGAGAAAGUGUCGAUAUCUCUCCCACUGGCCAAUCUGGGACUAGCAUAUUGGCUGCAAGGAAGGCAUGAAGAGGCGAAUGAUAUCCUGGUUGAGGGUCUGAAAGACCGCGUGGAUCGUUAUGGGCCCGACGAUCGCAUUUCGUUUGUAACUGGCCGAUUUCUCCACGCUCUUGGGAACGUCAAGGCUAGUCAAAAGGCGAUGAACGACAGUCUGGCCUAUCAUCACAAGGCUUUGUUGCACUAUAAGUCCACACUUGGUAACAAUCAUCACCGCACAGCCGACACCUUCGUCAAAGUUGCAGAGCACCACAUGCGUCUCCGUCAGAAUGAGACAGCAAUGGCGCUCCUCGACCACGCCCUCCAAGCCUACUCCAGCUCCAGCAGCUCGCAUGCAUACCUCCCCGAGAAAGCGCGUGCUUCGUUCAAACGAUCCUGCACCCUGCGUUCCCUCGGUCGGAUCGAUGAAGCCGAUGCCGAACUGCAGAUAUCCUUCGAGGAUUACAAGAAGCUUCUUGGCAGAAAGUUGCGAAGGAGUGGUGGCGAUGAUGGUGGGUCCAAUGGAACGGACAUCCCCACUGCAGCAGGAGUUUCUCCCCGCCAGCGGAAGGAGGAUCUGACAGAUCAGGAUUUUGAUGACAUGAUCGUAUUUUGGUCGAAAUGA